AUGGCAACCGAAAGACUAAGCUCAGUGCUCCGCCACAUCACUCCCGGCAAGAGCCCUCUUGACACCAUCACACAAAAGAACCCCGAUGAUAUUGUCAUUACUCUCGCCAUCCGCACUCCUCUGACCAAGGCAAACAAGGGAGGCUUCAAGGACACUCAUCUCGAUGGCCUCGUCUUCAAGCUGCUCGAGCAGGUCGUCCAAAAAUCAAGACUCGACCCUCAGAUGGUAGAGGAUAUCUGCCUGGGUAACGUCUCCGAUGCCAAAGCCGCCUACUACGUCCGCGCCGCCUGUCUAGCUGCCGGCUUCCCCAACACCACCUCCGCAUACUCGACCAACCGCUUCUGCAGCUCUGGUCUCAAGGCUACACAAGACAUCGCCAAUCAGAUCAUGGCUGGUUCCAUCGAGAUUGGUGUCGCCAUCGGCGCUGAGUCCAUGACAGACGGUGGUGACCGCCUCACCCGCCCCUUCGUCGACGAGAUUGUCAACGCCAACCAAGAUGCCGCCGACUGCUUGCAACCUAUGGGUCAGACCUCCGAGAACGUUGGCAAGGACUUUGACAUUUCCCGUCAAGAGCAGGACAAGUACGCAGCAGAGUCAUACCGCCGUGCCGAGGUUGCCCAAAAGGCUGGCUGGUUCGACGACGAAAUCGUCCCUAUCACCGUCAAGGUCAAGGACCCCAAGACCGGCGAGGUCAAGGACGUCACAUUGACCAAGGAUGAGGGUCCUCGCUACGGCACCACCGCUGAAGCACUCGGCAAGAUUCGUCCUGCCUUCCCUGACUACGGUAACCGCAGCACUGGCGGCAACAGCUCCCAAGUCACUGACGGUGCCGCCGCCGUCCUCCUCAUGAAGCGUUCCAAGGCCCUUGAACUCGGCCAACCCAUUGUUGCCAAGUUCGUCGGUGCCACCGUCGCUGGUCUUGCCCCUAGAAUCAUGGGUAUCGGCCCAUCAAUCGCCAUCCCCAAGUUGCUCACCAAGUACCAGCUUUCGCUCGACGACAUUGAUGUUAUUGAGCUCAACGAGGCCUUUGCUUCCAUGGCUGUAUACUGCCGCGAUACUCUCAAGGUUGACUGGAGCAAGAUGAACAUCCGUGGUGGUGCUAUUGCUUUGGGACACCCUCUCGGUUGCACCGGUGCAAGACAGAUUGUUACCGGUCUCAGCGAGUGCAGGAGGCAAAAGAAGAAGAUUCUACUGACCAGUAUGUGUAUUGGUACUGGUAUGGGCAUGGCUGGUCUUUUCGUCAACGAGCAGUCGUAA